UCCCGCGGCAGUCGCGUUGACGUCGCCGAUUUCGCGGGUCCGCUGCGCCCAGCCUCAGCCGAGAUAACCUAACUCAGGUCCGCGGGUUUCCCCGUAUCGAUCUCGCUCCCGUGGCCCUCGGAUUUCGGAUUUUCCCACCUCCGGCCGUGGUUUCCAUCCGAUUUUUCCGCGGCUCUCGUCGCUCGGGUGCUCGUCUCUCGACAGGAUGCUCGAAAUUUCCCAGGAAUAGUAGUGGCGAUGUGGGAGAGAGCUGGCUCGCUUUUCAAAAUCGCCCGUCAAGGAAAUCCAAUAAAGAAACUACGGUAAUCCCUCGAGCACUAAAAGUCGGUCAGUUAAAAAAAAAAAAAGAAUAAACAAAAAUAACUAAAAAAAAAAAAAGACAGAAAAGGAGAAACAUAUAGCUGUUAACUUUGUUCCCAUCGGUGUUUAAAUGUCAGUAACUAAGGCGUGAAGUUUCAAUCGGAUAAUUAUUCAGGAGCUAACCUUAGUUGCGUGCUAUGAUAGAGAACCAAAUCUAGGAGUCCGGUAAAAAAUGGCUUGGGGCUACUGGAGCGCUACGACGGUCUCGGACCGCGCCCGGUCCCCCCGGAGGGGCACAGCCCCCGCGCACUCGCACCUGCCCUCCUCGAUGCCGGCACCGGUGAGCAACAACCCCGAGUCCCCCGAGGAGGAGGACUACCAGGCGGCGCCCCUUCAGCUUUCGCGGCGCCCCUCGCUGGUCAACAUCGAGUUCACCGGGCCGCUGGAGGCGCCGCUCCAGCCGAUGUGCAGCCACUUCGGGGGGCCCGCCAUCCGCGACUUCCCCAUCCCGCCCGACCUGCCCCUCGAGUUCCCGCCGGGCUUCUCCAGGGACGUCCUCAACCCCUCGCCGCCCAUGUUCGGGCACAAGCACGAGCACGGGUGCUUCUACCACCAGACCGCCGCCCACGUCCACCACCACCAGUGUCUAGUCCACGAUGUCGGCGCCUCCGAGGACGAGGACGGCGAGCCAGGAUAUGCAACAGUGUUCCCAAAUAGAACCGCUUCCCCUGGGAUGCCUUGUCACGGAGAGGAUACUAGUAUUUACCGGCGAGGUGCCAGGAGAUGGAGAAAAUAUUACGUCGUGAAUGGUCACAUUUUUCAGCCUAAGCGGUUUAAUAAGGGAGCAUUGUGUGCUUACUGUCACGACAGGAUUUGGGGUCUCGGGAAACAAGGCUUCAAGUGCUUAGAAUGCAAGCUUAUGAUCCAUAAAAAAUGCCAUAAACUCAUCGAGCGGCCUUGCACGCAUGAAGACGCCGAGGUUAAUGACAAACCGGAGGACGCCAACAGUGAUUCAAUUCCCGAAAUAAGUACACCCCUACAUCAGCACAUCCCUGAACUGACAGACUCCUCAUCGGACGUUAACUCGGAACCCGUCACUCAGGAGGAAAUAUCGGACAUUAUCAAAACUAAUGAAGACGAUUUUGAAUCUGACUCUGCUCAAAGACAUUAUUCAUAUUCAUUAGAUGACUUCGAAUUAAUUAGAGUAAUUGGACGAGGUAGCUACGCCAAAGUAUUAAUGGUAGAACUGAAGAAAACUGAGCAAAUUUAUGCUAUGAAAGUCAUCCACAAAGCACUUGUGACGGACGAUGAGGACAUCGACUGGGUUCAAACGGAGAAGCACGUGUUUGAGACGGCGUCGAACCAUCCGUUCCUAGUGGGAAUGCACUCGUGUUUCCAAACUCCAAGUCGGCUAUUUUUUGUGAUAGAGUUCGUUCGCGGCGGCGAUCUCAUGUUCCAUAUGCAACGGCAGGGCCGUUUGCCGGAGGAUCAUGCGCGAUUCUACGCCGCAGAAAUUAGCUUAGCUCUCAAUUAUCUACAUAGUAAAGGUAUUAUUUAUAGGGAUUUGAAAUUAGACAAUGUUUUAUUAGAUCAUGAAGGACACAUCAAAUUAACGGACUAUGGAAUGUGUAAAGAAGGAAUUGGUCCUGGUGAUACGACAUCCACGUUUUGCGGCACUCCAAAUUACAUAGCUCCGGAAAUUUUACGGGGCGAAGAUUAUAGUUUUAGUGUUGAUUGGUGGGCGUUAGGCAUACUAUUAUACGAAAUGAUGGUCGGUCGAAGUCCGUUCGAUGUUUCCGGUGCAGCAGAUAAUCCCGAGCAAAAUACAGAGGAUUAUCUCUUCCAAGUAAUUUUGGAGCAAAAUAUUCGGAUUCCUAGGUCACUUUCUGUAAAAGCUCGUUCAGCUCUCCGAGGCUUCUUGCAAAAGAAUCCUGCAGAGAGAUUAGGUUGUCUUCCAGAUGGAUUCAAAGAUAUUGAAAGCCAUGCCUUCUUUAGAAACAUUGAUUGGAUUAUGUUGUACGAUAAACAAAUUCCAACACCAUAUCAGCCUGAACUCGAUUCCGAACUGGAUUUGAGUAAUUUUGACCCAUUUUUCACCCUGGAGCCAGUUCAGUUAACGCCUGAUGACCCACGAGUGAUCGAGAAGAUCGACCAGACGGAAUUCGAGGGCUUCGAGUAUGUGAACCCGAUCCUGAUGUCGAUGGAGGCGGAGGACUUGGUGUGACGUCACGAGUGGGGCUACGCUGGUGGCCUCGAUGACGACAUCUUCGACAUCCCCUCGCCGGAGUUCCCAGACGAGCACCGGCCGGGGCCCGGGCCCCCCGAGCGCCCCUCUUCCAGGAACCUCCUCCAGUCCAUGUUCUGCCUUCCGCUUCGCUGAUAUUCGACCAACCAGCAGCCGCCUGACCGUGCCGCCCACUCCGCACCCGACCGCAGUUAUCUUAAUCGCCUCGCCGACGAAAUCGAACGCAUAGACGUUUAAGAUGACUGCUUUGCGAUAAAUUGAUUUCGAUUGAUCCUCCAUUUAAACCUAUGGAAAUAGUUCGAUAAAUAGGGUUUUCGCAACGAACGCCUAAAUAAUCGAUUCUUUGCCAUAGCUUCAAAUGGAGAAAUAUCGAUAAUCGAUCAUUCACGCCUCGCCACUGUUUAAGAUCCACCCUUAUGUUACAGUAUCUGUACAGAGUGUCUGUCUCAGGAUUAAAUGGUAAUACUGCAGGAGCGUGUGCAGAGACAAGAUACCCCUCCACUGGCUUCUUGGUAAUGGAUGGAGGCUUUUACUUUCGGGGAUUGAACACUUCCUCAUGGAAUAUUUUAAGGGAGCACAAGUCAUCAUCC